CCAGCUUAAACUCGAGUUUUCCUACCUGCCACCUCUGUUCACAUACCGGGACAUCCUGAAGCGGAGGUGCCGUGGGUAACGCCGUGAGACGAUCCAAAUACUAAUGUGAUGGGGUGUUGAUGGAGAGGAUUUCGAAUGUCAGCCGGGACAGUGGUCAUUGCAGGAGGAAUUUUGGCUGCAGUCAUCUUACUGACAAUCGUUGCUGUGCUGUGUUUAUGUAGGUUGCAGUAUUACUGCUGUAAUAGGGAGGAGUCUGAGAAGGGGGAAGAGGAGGAACCAGAGCUCGCCACCAUGUCACCGUCUCGCCCCCUGCCUCUGUCGGCUCCUCCUACGCCUCCGACACCAGAGCAAUACAGUGACGAGCCUGAGACAUACCCUCCCACUUUCCUCACCGAAGCCAACGGCCCUGUCAGCUACUCACCUCCACAUCCACCACGUAGGUGUUAUCGCUCACAUGCCUUCUGCCCUUCCUGUGCCCGCUGCUCCCUGCCAUUCUACUUGCAGCACCCAGAGAGGCUGUGCAAUGGUGGUCGCAGGAUCAGCUAUAGGACUGUGCAGCAGCAGGACAUGGAGUUACCCGUGGACUUAGCCAGCUUUUACCAGAAGCUGAACCUUAUCCGCCAGGUCACAAUGAAAGAGGUAGUCACCCACAGCGUCAGCACAGAUGUUUAGGAAAGCAGCUGAUUUAAACAACUCGAAACACAAUAACUAUAUCAGUACUGUCCUGUCAGUGUUAUACUGAAAAAUGGCUUUUAGGCAUCACUUCAGGGCAGCCAUGAUGGAAGUCAACAACACUAAAAGAAAAGGCAUCACUGAGCAGAAAAUGGGUUUC